UUCUUUGCCUCGUAUCAAGAACAAAUGCUGAGACAGGAAACGCAACCGGUCGUUUAGCUCGACGAGGCUAAUUUAUUUUCUAGGGAGUUAAGAUGAAGAUCUUAUGGAUCGAUAAUGUGUGUGUGUGUGUGUGUGUGUGUUAAUAGAAGUCAAUGUCGAAAGAUGUGCAACUUGUGGCCUAACCGUUCAAAUUCGAAUAGAACAUGGCGUCUCUACUUGCGCGCAAAUGGACGAAACCGUGGUUAACACGGGGAUAACGUUCGAUUAUUCAAGAAUCUGGGGUCUAUUCGCGACGAAGGCCGCGCGGAAAUAUCGUUUAUCGAAUUAUCGGUAAAGGUGCGCGGGAUCGUUUCCUCCUCGAGGAAAAUUCGGUUGGAUUCACCACACUUUCGAGUUUUUCGAAUUCGAGGCGCAAAAGGCGAACCGAGAACUGUUCGUUUUCCCAAAGUUGAAACGAUCUUGCGCACACACACACACACACACAUAUAUAUAACAUUCCAAUAGUGCGUGUCUUGCCCAGUUAACCCUUUGCCCAGCCAACAACAAACAACUCGAGACAAAUUUUCCUAUUCCUUGGAUUUCGACUCAAAAUGACUUCAAAUGCGAAACUGUUGUAUUUUAUUAAUAUUUUUUUUUACGUAUCGACUCGAUUCUUGUAAACGUCGUAAAAGAAAUCGAGAUACUCCAAAGAAAUCGAAUCCGAAUGGUGUCGAGUGCAAAGGAUUAACGAACACGCGCUUUCAUAGGGAAUUUUCGUUCGAUACGUUUCCUUCCCUAUCGACCGAGUCGGUGCGCGUAUAUUACAUAGGGUCACGGUUCAGGGGACGGGUAUAUUCAUCGGUUUACACGAGCAUUCUGGGCGACGUGUUAACGGAGACCGGAACCGUUGUUUGGUAUGCGUGGAGAAAGAAAAUAUUUUCAGAUUCGACCAUUUAAUCUCGAUGGAGGCGUGUGCGCGCGCCAGACAGGGGCAUUAGGGUAAGGUUAUAAUAGCGGGAACGACGUCGAAUAUCGUUUGGAAUGGAAAGAGGUUAGGGGAAAGGGGACAAGUAUCCUUACGCAAUCGCGAAAUACACGCGCUCUCGACGAGAGAGAGAGAGACACAGAGUCGAGAGGAGAACGCGAAAACGUGAUGAUCCAGUAUCGAUCGUUGUCCCGUCGAAUAUGUUGAAAAUGUUGUACGGAGAAUAAAGAGAGGUGUCAUGGCCAUGCGCGUAAAAAGUUUCUUGGUGCAAAUUGAAAGGUGUUUGCCUCGGGAAGCAGUUCUGUUUACCCGACUUCUCCAUCGUGGAAAGAUAAAGAUCGUUCUUCGUUAGCCUUACCCUAACAGCGCCGGCGGUCGGGUCGCCUCGAAAUUCUCGACACGUGAAUAAGAGAAGAACUCGUACCUGGUUGUAGAUUGUUACUAGCUACUAUAGUGGAUAAUUCGCGUUGAUCGAUAUUAGCCGCUUGGGACCCUUUCGGCCUCCAAAACUCUCUCCAUCUCUUCUCGUUCAUCUUCUUGGUAAUUUCUUUUUCUUUCUCGCUGGUGAUAUCGAUUUAAAAUUCGAUUGAAAAUUCUUCGAGCGAAGAAUUUCGUAUUCGAGGUUUCCUUCUUCUAGAUAACAAGAUGGCGUUAUCGAGGCUGAAAGGAUUCGAAUAGAUUCGAACGAAGCGAGCAAGAGCGUUCUUUCCGCCAUUUCGUCAGAGAGACAGAAUUAUUUUUCUAUGAGAAGCACAAUAGAAAUAUAGUGGAAAUGGAUGGAACGAAUAUUUAACGAGAGAUUUUCACGAUCUCUGUGCUCAAUUUUGCCGGUGUUGCGAAUUCCUUCGAACGGAUAAUUUUCCGUCGAAAGGCGAAAGAAAAAAAUAAAUAAAUAAAUGUAAAAUUCUUCGCGAAUCGAGAUGUUUUCGUAGAUUCUUCGUGGAUAAAAAGGAAAACAAUGAACAAUGAGCGUGAAAAUACAGAUAUUUAUGUCUGUAUUUUAAAAUUUCCAAAAGAAUGAAACGGGAAAAAGAAAUAUUCGCUUUUAAAUUCCAUUACGCGCUUUUCAUAUUUCGUAAGCGAGAGCCAAACUUGUUGAAUGACCGAUAACGCUCGUACAACGCUUUGUAACCAUUUAAUUUUCGUUCUCUCUUCUUUUUCUUUUUCUUUUUUUUUUUCUCUCUCUCUUUUCGUUCCUCCUUUUUCUUUUCUCAUUUUCAUCGAUCCAACCAGCAAAUAAUUUUUCCACGAAACGAUCGAUCGACGAGAAACGAGCACGCAUCUCUAUAUACACAUACAUACACGCGCACAGAAAUGAUUUCAACUCGUUUCGAACACGGUGUUACGUCCAUUAAAUAAGCGAAGUAACGAUGUAUACUAUACGAUGUUACGUCCAUUAAUUAAGCAAUUCAAGGAAUCAGAAAGGUAAGGUUCGCGCGGUGUGGAGGCGGGGACCGUUUUUUUUGCAAUUUUUUCACUCUAACUACCACUAUUUGUCUCUCUUUUUUUCUUUUCCUUCUCUCUUUUUUUUUUUUUUUCUCUAACCUAAGCUUUUUCGAACCUCUUUCUCUCUCCUUUGUCUUAACAACGAAUACCCUACAAUACUAUCAUAAAAUUAAUACAUUCUUUCAUAUUCCUUGCCGCGUGUUAAUUGUGCCGUCUCUCGAAUGCGUACCCCCCCCUUCACCGACGAAGUCACGUUCCCCAUGUCCCACGUUUAUUUGAUAACUUGGAUGACUUUAUAUAUAUAUAUAUACACACACACACACAUGUAUACAUAGAAAAAUCUUCUCUACCCUCCACCUCCACGCCGCUUGUUUUCUCCUGUUUUUUGAUUCAGAUACAUUAUUUUUCUAACGCAUGCUUCUCUAUGACGUAGCGUCACUCUCUGUAAAAUUUAUGAUAUAUUUAUAUAUAUACAUAUACGUAUAUACAUAUGUAUACGUAUACAUAUAUAAAAUUUGUAGAUAUAAGAAAAAUUACGUAGGCGUAAGGUGAUUAAUAUUUAGUUGUAAUAAUCGUGACGAUAAUAUACUUGGAUAAUGAACGAACACGGCGAUGAUAACCCUUUCGAGAGAUUUGCAAGCUCAACAACGAAAGGAGGAGAAAUAUUUUAUCGAGAAUUAUGGGAGAUAAUUCUUUUCCCGUUCGUGAGACUCGAGUGACGAAAGAAAGAAGAUUUUUAUAUCCGUUUCUCGGAUAUCGAUCGUGGACAGGUUUAUUUUUUCCCAUACUUCUCGAGGGGGUUGAUCUUUGUUAACGGGAAAGCACAAAUGUCGGUUACCAAAUGUGCAUUACGAAAUACUAGUGAAUUUAAUUCUCGACGUACCUUUGAAACGAAUUAGAACGGGGCAAGGGAUUAUUAUUAUUAUUAUUAAUUUUGUGCAUUAGGUACGACCCCCUAAACACACACCGACGUUUAACGAACACGUUUUACGUAACGCACGCGUAAUAAAUACAUAUGUAUAUAUAUACACGCAUAUAUAAUUCGGGAUUCUCUAUUUUGAUCACUGAUUUUUCACAAGUACAAUUACGAACGCUUUCGAUGCGCCACGUUGAAUUUAUUCGAAUCACGAGGACAAAGUAUAUAAAUUUCUCGAUCAUUUCGACGAGACACACGUACAAUAUGCAAUAUCGCCUAAUUGUUGAAAAACACGUUGCUCAAAUACGUACUUGCAUAUACAGUACACGUACACGCAAACGCAUGCACUCGUGGUAAUUAAGAAUUUUUACGAAAAAUUUUUAACCCUUUCUACGAACGAACGAGAGAUGAAGAACGAAGAAAAAAAAAAUAUCUCGAGUCAAGAAUUAUUUCGAAAGGUAUUUUUUUCCUCUGAGAAGAGGAAUUUUUCGGAUUCAACGUGGUUGCAAUUGUACCUCAACAAUGGUCGUGCCUAAAGAAACGAAACGAACGCGGAAGAAAAAAAAAGGAAAGGAAUGAAGUAAUAGAAAGAGGAGGGGGGAGGGAGGGAAAGAAAAGAAAAGGAUGAUCACGAUGAUAUCGAUCGAAUGAAAUCUGGAAUCCUUGCGCAGAAACUAAUUUAGACGAGGCUCAGCUGGAAUUGAAUCUCUCCGAGUUCCUUGGAUUUUCAAACUAAACUAUUUUUUAUGCGAAAUAUCGACUUACACAAUUAACGUCGGGUUUGUUGUUCAAGUGCCAAGCUUUCCGAAAGUGUCUUCUCAAGAGAAUCUUGGAUGCGACGCGGUCCACGGUCAGGUUAUAUAGCGCAAGAAAAAAAAAAAAAAAGAAAAUACGAAAAUCCGAUUAUUUUUCUCGAUAUCGAGCCUACUGGAAUUCUGCGCGACAAGUUAGAAGAGACGUUAGAUUAUUUUUUAUUUCGUUGCGAUUAUAUUUUGAAUUUAUGCUUAAAAGCGCGAGCAAAAAAAGAAAAAAGAGAAAAAAAGAAGGAAAGAGGAAAACGGAUAAGAUAUAUUUCAAGGGAAUUGCUCAAAUUUUGUUUAUGCUCGUAAAAAAAUGGUAGAGAUUUGUAUAGACGUUGAACGAUGCGUAUAACGAGAAUUCACGUAUUUUAAUAUAAAGACGAUUCGUAGUGUUGUAUAUAGAGAAAAGAAGCAGCGUAGUAGUCGAGUCCUUAGAGGAAAACAGAUCGAUAAGCGAGAAUAGCCGAUGAACAUACACACGAGCAACGAUGUACUUCCAGGUUGCAUUUCGAGGAAACGGUUUUACCCGUUCAUGAGCAUAUACAUGAGGGAGAAACCUUGUUAAUUUAACACAACGAUAUUACAAACGUUGGUUCGAUGUAUUGAAUGUAUUUAUGUAAUAUGAUGUAAAAGCUGUUAUUGGCCGACAGAUUAAAAGCAUGUCGAUUAGGAGAGAACGAUUUCACUUAUCUCGAAUUUUCAAACAAAACUCCUUUCAGACGAGCCCUACUCCAACAAAUUACAAUUAUUACUCCAAUUACUUUUUAUUUGUUUAAUUACUCUUUUUUUCUUUUGGAUCAACCCGAUUAAUUCCUCUCCUCGAACUUAGAGUUUCUUACCUUGUAUCCUUUAAUUUUUAAGAAGGCCUUUUUUUAAUUUAUUUUUCCUACAAAAAAUGUUUCAAGCAGGAUUAAAAAAAAACUUUUUCGAAACACGAGGACGGUAUAUAAAUAUUAAUAAGCAAGAAAAGCGCAACUCGCGAUCUCGAAGUAGUCCUUUCCACCGCAAGAGAGAGUGAAUGAGUGAAAUUCCGUUCAGGAAUUGGGCAAGGAAGAAAAAAUUUUCAUCGCGAUACUUUGCCGCACAACGAAAUACCCUGGUUUAAUCGGGGCUCAGGCUCGUGCCAAGAAACGCAUACGUCGAAUACGUGCAAUGGCGAUGCUUCACAAUACGUAUUGGCGUGAAAACAACGGGCGAUAUUUUCGUAGACCAGACUUUCGCAGCCCGACCGCAGCGAUUAAUCUAAAAAUCGGGGAUUAUCUGCGAAGGAAAAAAGAGAAAUUGCGUUGCGAAAUUUCGAGAAACGAGGGGGAGGAGGGUAGAUUCGGAGAAAAUAAUUUUCUCAAUCAUCGACACCCGUGCUCGGUUAAUUAAAUCGAGAAUCGAAUAAGCGGAUACCGAAAUAACUCUCGAGAACUCGCUGAAAUAUUUAUAAAGUACUCGCGAUGCGUAGUUUCGAUACAAGAAAUUUGCAGCGCAACGAAACGAAACGAUGCUUCCCCCUGCUCGAUCGCAUCGAUUAAAUCGACGGACCGUCAUCAGCCUCGAUCGAUUAAUCGUUAAUUACAUUUACGGGCCCAGUUACUGGGGGCGCGAAUAUUUCGGGCGCAAUCUGAACCCGUGUUUUGUUAUUCAAAAAGUGUGGAGGGCGAAGGGAAAAUUCCUUUUCUCGGAUGAAAAUCUUGUUUCGAAGAACGGCGUGUCAACGAAACUAAUUAUUCAUCUCGGGGAGUAAGAAAAUUGGAAGAGAUUGAAAGAAGAAAGCUGCAAGGUUUUUCUUCGAAGAAGACAUCUCGCGCAAUAAGGAAGGAGGGAGAUAAAACGGGGCGAGACCCAUUUUGGCGUGGAAAGAAGCGCAGGAUUCACGAAAGCCUCGACGAAAUAUCAUUCGGAUGCCAGCUACGUGAAUCAGACAACGCGAAUUGCGUUCAGUUCCAUUUUAUUUGCGUAACGAUAUUUCCGCUCUUCUUCGUCCCGACCGCGAAGGACGGCUCAGAAUUUUCCUCCUUCCCCUCCCGUUCGAAUUUCAUCGAUCGAGAAUACCUCCUCCCCCGAUCGAUCGAAGGAAAAUCGACCGAAUCACGAGCCGGAUGGAAAGAAAUUAGCCGAAAGUGGAAUCCUCGGAGCGAGAAUAAACGGCUCGUUACCCUCGCGAAUCCAAGUUCAAUGGUGGAACGAAAGCAAGCAACACAGCUGUUUUUCGGUGUCCCUCCGUCCUCGCCGCCUCGUCGGAUCAACAUCCGGCCGAGUGAACGGGGGCUCCUCACUAAAAAUACCGAUCAAUAACUAAUCCGGCCGAUAGGAUGGGGAAGAGAGUGGAAAAAGUGGAGACGGAUCCGGAUUGACUCCGAAAUAAAAGCGAGCGGGAGCCGACGACAGGGUGUCAUAAAUCAAGCCGCGGCGGUUCGACAAGGUUCUGGCAUACGCGGCCGAUUAGCUCGCCGUGAGCGUCGCGACGCGGUGCUCGGCCGUAUGCUAUUUCAACGUGAAAAAUAGUGGGGCGUCUCUCUAUUUCGGUCGGCCGAGCCAGGGCCGUUUAGUCUACGGCCUGGCUUCCACGCCAGGAGGCCGCGGUGGUCCGAAUUUUUCCAUUUUCAUCUGCGAAAUAUCCGCGGGAGAGAGAGGAGGGUGGGUCGUCGCGAGGACGGGUUUUGGGAUUAACAGUGGAGGGAGCGUAGGCGGGAAGGGAGAGGGUCGGGGAGAAAUCCUCGGCGGAAGUCUUUUUGGAGAAGUUUGGAAAGGGGUGGCUUGGAUCUCGGGGGGAGAAGAUGUUCUGGUCGGAGACCACGGACGAGGAGGAGGAGGCGCUGUUGUGCAGCCCGGCUCUCAUGGCGAGGAGAGCCUCGGAGUCGUGGAUCGUCGCGCCUCCCGUCGAGGCGAUGCCCGCGGCGGCAGUUUCCCUUCAACGAAAGAAAUCACUGCCGGAUGUGGCUCAACCUAUACAGUUGACGGCCACGGCACCGCUAUCCAGGGAGGAAGUCAGUGUCCUGAGCAGCAUGAGGAGGGAGGAGAUCCGCAGGCAGAUCGACGAGAGCGAAAGACUCAGGGCCAAUCCUCUGUUGUACUUGGUCAGUCCUCAAGUUAAAGACUGGUUCUUCCGGCAGCAGCUCGUGAUGCUGGUGCUGUUCAUCAACAUAUCCUUAGCCCUGAUGUUCUUCAAACUGCUGACGUAGCAGCCAGCCGAGGUUCACGGGCUCGUGGUGGACGUGACCUGAGGCCCGCCCGCGUCACGACGCCCCGAGUCGUCACCGAAUACCAGGAUUUAAAACGAUUUAAAAAGAGGCCGCGAUCGAGUAGCCUCGGGAUAAAAAUUACGAAUAAAAACCGUUGAAAACGGCUUUCGAGCGAUCCAACUCCGUUCCACGGUGGCAACGUUGGAUGAAAGAGAGAGAGAGAGAGAGAGAGAGCUUGGGACCUCGAGGAGAGAGGAUCGAAUUUGGAGAGGCUGAAGAAGAAUGUUUUUUUUCUCUCUCUCGAGAAUCUUCGCUUCGCAUUGGACGAUCGACGAAGAGGAUGGGAUGUUUGAGAUCGGACGAUACAGGGACGAGUGUAUUAUUCGAUACGAUUUUUGGAUCUUACAUUUCCAAUUUCCAAAGGAAUCGAAGGGAGGAAAUUAGGGAUUUAUGGAUGAGCGACGAAAGGAAGGAAGGCUCGUUGUUUCUCAGACGGGGUAUCAAAGUCGCCUAGGUACCCUGGCGCCUGUAUCAUACAUAUUUUUACACCGAAUAUUUUAAUAAUAAUAAUAUUAAUAUUUGUAAGGGAUGGGCCCCUGGAAGAGGAAAGGGCCCAUGCCCUAAAAAGGAAGAAAAAAAAAAAAACACGGUGCGCACACACGAAUCUCUCUACACUUUUCCCGUUCUUUCUCGGCGAUCGGCUCGAGCGCGGACACCUGAACGACUUUUAUACAAAACAAAAACUUAUAUAUAUAUAGCAGCUAGAGUAGCGUGAAACCAUUUUUUUGUCCGGAUAUAUAUAUAUACACACACACAUAUGUAUAUAUAUAUCUUCUCGAAAAUGGUGGCCGAGGAUAUUUUUCAAAAUGGAGUUUUUUGCCACUCGGUCGAAGGGGUCGAACACUUUUCGACGAGAUAGAUUCGCGAUCCGAGCGUGGCAGAAAAGAAAAGAUGCGAUGAGGAUUUAGGAUUUCUAUAUAUACAAUUGUUACGAUUUCUACGAAUUUGAUAGGGGCGAAUGGAAUUUGUGAAUGGCGUUGUUGCACGGUUGAAACGUUAACACUCGCGUGUAACAAACUCAUGUCUUAUUAUCGACUGUGUCCACGUAAAUUGUAUGGAUGUCGUGCGAUAUAACGUAGUUUGUAAUCGUGUGAAAUACCGCUUCGCGCGCGGAGCAUAUUUUACGUGUAGCCUUGCCUUCCACGUAAAAUUGUAAAUUAAGACACAGUUUCCUCUGAUUUUUAUAUACACGUUUUGGAUCGGGUCGAGAGCGUGUGUUUGUCGAUCGAAACGUUUUGUUACUCGAUCGCCCGGAAUUGUGCGAUUAUGAGGGGGAAAAAAAUAAAAAAAUAUAUAUAUAUAUGUAUAUCAACUUUGUAUCGUGACAACGGAUAUAUGUCUACGAAAUACGUUGUUUGACCGACCGACGUAGAUAAUUAGGGUGUCGUUUAACAGGGAAAAGAAAAGAAAAGAGAAAGGAAAAAAAGUUGAAAAUCUACGAAGAAAGAUAACGAGAGGAGCUCGUUACUCUCGUUAUCGCGAGACGAUAUUGAGAAUCAUAAAAUUUAUUAUUAACUCGGAUGGAGAAACUUUUCGAUAAUCGAUCUCUUUCCACGGUUCAAAAGUUACACGCCGUAUACCACGUUAAUAUAUACAUGCAUAUUAAUAUACGUAAUUGUCUCGAGUCGCGCGAUAUUUCGCGAUUAAUGCAUAAUUCAUCGAUUAAGAGACGUUUGUUUCGUCGAUAUACGCGCGUAUUGGUCGUUGGACAAAACGAAAUUUUUACAAAGGAAGAUUGUUUGUAUACAUUUUUGCGCAUCGUUCGCUUCUGGGAUCCUCUUUGAUAAAACGAGACGAAAGGAAAAAAGAAAAAAAAAACGAAGGGAGGUAAAAUUGUCUUUAACGCGACGUAAUAGUAAUAAUCGAGUAUGUUGAUAUUUUUCAUGGUGAUGACACCAAUGUCGAUUUACAAAUCUCGAGGAUCGUGCUACCUGCGCUCGAGCGAUCGCAUUUUUUCUAGCCUCAGGCAACGUAGCUUGUACAUCUAGAUGAAUUUGUAAAUAAAAAAAAGAGAAAAGAGGAAGAGGAAGAAGAAGAAGAAAAAGAAGAAGAAGAAAAGAGUAUUGUGUAGAUAUAUAUGUAUAUAUAUAUAUCGCGAUCGUCAGUUGAAUGAAAACAGUCUAGAAGAGAGAAAAAAAGAAAGAAAGAAAGAAAAAUCCUCUUGGCUCGCGCCCCCUUCGAUGCGUUGUACGUUCGAAGUGAGGGCGAUCGACACACCGUUUCGAACAGCUAUUUUUCCAAAGAAGAAAAAAGACUCGAUAUUUUCAUCCUACGCUACGAUUAAUAUAUACACGUAUAUAUUUUCCUCUUUGUACCUAGCACUCUCAUCUCGAGACACUUACUUGGCGGCGAAUGAUUAGGAUGAAAAUAGGGGAAAAAGAAAAAGAAGAAA